GAGGCGCGCUCAUGUCGCAGGAACCGGAGCGUGCGGCAAUGGCGGCCGCGUCCGGCGAGCUUCCGCCUGCUGCUAGAAGGGAGAUGAAAGAUCCGGGUUUUGCAGAAUCCUCUCCGGCGGUCCCGGCCAUGGCGGCCGAAGACAGGUGGUCCACGCUUCCGGGCGACCUCGUCCGCCGCAUCGCCGACUCCUUCCUCGACGACAACAACCUCGACUGGUACAUGGACUACCGCGCCGUCUGCACCGGCUGGCUCGCCGCGACCGACGACCCAAGGAGCGAUGCCUCCGACCCCCGCUUUCGCCCGAGCCGGUGGAUCGUCCUCGACGAGGUUUUCCAGAGCGAUGGGAAUCUGCUCCUGUUGAACACCGACACCGGCCGCUUCCUCCGCAAGAAUCUUCCGCAGCUCGGCGAGUACCACCUCGUGGCCACCACUCUCGACGGCUACUUCGUUCUCGCGGAAAAAACCGCUCCUCACGCCGUCUGCGUCCUCAACCCUCUUACCGGCGUCGUGAUCCGUUUCGCGGCGCCCGUGCCCCCCGAUGUUGGAAUCGCUGAUGUCAUUUUCCCCCAAGGCUCUUCGCUCCGGCUCGCCGUGUUCUCCGACUCAUCUCGCAAGGCUUACUCGGCGGCUCCUCACAGUGAAAGUUUCGUCAGAUACAACCAUAAGCAGCCAGCAGCUUACGAUUUCUUCCGGAAGGCGAUCGUGGGUGGUGUCUACGCAAGCUUUUCUGAAGCAUCCGUAGUUCGUGAGAUGAUUAUUUGCUUAGGCAAAUUUCUGCCGGUUAAUCUUUCCCCUGUGACCGAGGUUUUCUCCCUUGAUCUUCCUGGACAUGGGUACGGCAUGCGGUGUUUCCUAGUGGAUUUGCAUGGGCAUAUAUGUAUCGUCAUGAAGAUCUUGAAUCCACAGGGAGUCUUGGCUCUCUUUGCUCUUCAAUAUGACACCGAGACAAGUAAGCUCUGCCUUCUGAAGACCCCAGACAGAUAUGCCAUCUUCAUCGGUGACCACAGGUGCUUCUCCGUCGAUGUUGAUGAGUUCCCAGGAACUGAGCCAGACUGUGUGUACUACACUGAACAUUUGGGUUCAUCCGCUCAUAUCUGCAAGUGCAACAUCAAGGAUAACAAAAUGGAGAGGAUCUCUGAAGCUGCUGAUUUUGUGAAGCAGGACAAGAAGUUUGUCCUGGUCGCUGACCGUCCUUACACCAUCAUCCACCUUCUGGUCAGCUACACCAUCAACAACCCAGAUUCUCAACUGGCCUUGCAACAGAUUCCAUAAGGCGUCGGCAGAUCUUCGUUUAAUUCCUAAGGACAGUGAUUUUGAUCCGACAAGAAGGCUAUGCAUUUGCUAAGUAAUUUUUCUUGUUUCCCUUCUAAUCUUUCGUUCAGUUAUUAUGGUUAUUAUGCCUUGCCUGGUUAAGAGUAAGAACAGGUAGAUUCUAUGUUAGAUCACCUUUAGUGGAAGUGCAGUUUGAUGUCUUAAUUGGUACUAUUUGGUAUCAACCUAAUGCGACAUCUAUUAUCGUGCUUGAUGGAUGCUAUCUUAUUUAGAUGUGUCCACUUGUUCUUCUCUUGUAUUACUACUUCCUAGCAAAUGCAAUGUGGUGCUUAAUUUCUGGCAGUAGUAAAUAUUGGCCCAAAUUUUGGCAACUUCUGGAUUUUGCUACUGCAGUGGAACAAUCUGGGCAAUGUCAUAUACUGUGCAAGAAAUGGUUUUAGAUUUGCUUACUGACAGUUUGUCGAGCUGCUGUACGAUGUGUCCUGGGCAUACAACAGGUUAUGAAAGGAAUGUUUCACCUAUUUUUGUAAUGCUCUGAUGCGUCUAUACUCUAUACUUGAGCCCCUUGAACUAGUUGCAUUUGUAGUUUGUUCGUUGUAUUUAUGGGCAUCACUGAAGACACACAAUCUGCAGCAUGAAUGUUGUUAAAGAGCUAAACUAAAGAUGUUCUCUGCUUAUAAAUAUUUGUCACGCAGUUGGUCGUUGCUGUUUCUACAAGGGUAUUGUAGAUUCUGUACCUUUUUUGUACUACAUUUACAUAGAUUUUAUCCUGUUUAGAGAUUGUGUGUGUCUACCUGAUCACGAACGAGAGAAGUAGACUAUCAGGAGCUCAAAAUGUCUGUGUACUGCUGCAACAGUAAGCAGAGAACAGUUGUUGGAAGUAACAUAGGCUAGUGGAUGAACUACUGAAACAUCAUUUCUAACCAUAUCUUGUAUGAUUUCUUCAUCUAGAACUGCAGCGCCAUCGGUUUGUUCUCAGACAACAAUGCGUAAGCGUUUCUUAAUUGUAGCUGCAGUUGAUGGGCCAAUCAUUCAGUUUGCUUCUAGUAUAGGUUCUAUCCUCGGGCAACUGCUGGACACUUGAAGUCUGCAUUUUGCCACUGAGAUCAUCAAUGCAUUCAGACAGCAUAUCUAUUGUUUUUUCUAAUUAUCAGAUUGGUAGACGGUUAGUGGUUCAGGGUCCAAGUGUAUAAUUUUCAGCACUAACUCAAAGCUUAAUUCCAAGUGGUUCAGGCUAGUGUUUUUCUUUCAGACGGGACACAUUUGGAACUCCGAUUUCUCCUGAAGAAGAACUACUCUCAAAAACAAAAACAAAAAAAGAAGAUACGAAACAAACAUGGGUGCAAGUAUUACUUAGUUCGUUUGGGAUGGAGUAUCUGCAUGCAUGACAUUCUAAACACUACAACAAAAUAGCAUAUCACUGACCUGCUAUUAAGCAUCUACACUG